GCGCUGGGGAGAUUUUGGCAACCAAGUCGUCCGAGCCUCGUUGGUAGACCUACCUUCAGACGACCAUCACCACCAGCUAGCGACGCCUUCAAUUCCGCGCCAUCAUGGUUGGCACCAUUCUGCGGCACCUCUGGGCGCCUCGCGCGAGGCGUGCCGUCCUCUCUUCUUCGCAAUCAGCCGCCAGCCGGGCUCUUUCAACGGCAGCCUCGCGGCACUCGUCACGACCCUCGCCGUCAUCAUCCCGCCUCUCCUCCUCACCCUCACCCUCCGCCGUCCUCUCCCGCCUGCCGCCGUCGCCGUUUCCGCGGUUCCCCACGUCCCUCCCCUCCCCGCGCGCCUUCUCGACGACGGCACCCCGCCCCAAGACGCUCAACCAGGUCCUCCGCGGCAUGCGCAAGGGCAAGCGCGCGCGCCACGCCGUCUCCCCGGCCCUCUCCAACUUGCGCUGCCCGGCCCUAAAGGGCGUCUGCCUGCGCGUCGGCGUCGUCCGCCCCAAGAAGCCCAACUCGGGCGAGCGCAAGACGGCCCGUGUCAAGCUCUCCUCGGGCGCCGUCAUCACCGCCUACAUCCCCGGCGAGGGCCACAACAUCCAGCAGCACAGCGUCGUCCUCGUCCGCGGCGGCCGCGCCCAGGACUGUCCCGGUGUGCGCUAUCACCUCAUCCGUGGGGCUCUCGACCUGGGAGGCGUCGCGAACCGAACGACAAGCCGCAGCAAGUACGGCACCAAGAAGCCGAAAACGGCGACCGUCGGCUGAGCGAGCGUCUAAGCCACGGCAUGGAGAUGAGAACAGAAAGCUGGGGGGCAUUGAGGGACAGCCCCAAGUCAUCAAUCUAUAUCAUACUGUAACAAUACACACGGAGCGUCGGGCAUAAGCAAAGGACACGCGAAACCACCACUGCUGUCGUAUUACAGCCUAUAUGUACAUUGCCACACCCGUCGCAACAAAAUUCGUGCGAGUGGUUUUUGAACCCAGACAGACGCCGCCUUUACUGCAAUGUCAGACCGUC